GAGAGUCCCUUCUGUCUCUGGUAGGGAGAGAUAGAGAGAAAACAAGGGAGAGAGAGAAGAGAGAGAGCUGAGAGCAAGAGAGUCCCUUCUGUCUCUGGUAGGGAGAGAUAGAGAGAAAACAAGGGAGAGAGAGAAGAGAGAGAGCGUUGAGAUCUUUCUCUCAGUCUCUGCUGAAGCACAGGAGUCUAUGCCCAAGCUGGAUCCUGCAUAACUCCUUGUCCUCCUCUUCCUCUUGUUGUCUGCGCUGUCUUUAAAACGGAGGGAACCCUCGGACUCAGAGCUCAUCCGUUGCCGUGGCAAUGGGCUGUCGGCUCUCAGGGCCGUGGUUCGGCGAUGGAAUGGGGGUCAGUGGGCGGGAUCUGAGUCACCUGACUAAACGGGAUCUUUCUCACCUGAGCAAACGGGAUGCUCUUAGAAUCCUGGCUGCCUAUGAGCACCCAAUCACGCUGCAGAUCAAGGGCCGGCGUGGGAGGGGUUAUGGCUUACAGGACUGCAGCACGCAGACGGAAAGACACUGGGAGCCCCUCCCCCUGGCCCCCCACCUGGCCCUGCACAGUCUGGGGGUCACAGCAGCCGAGACCAUGUCCAGGGUCAACCCGGACGGACACUACUGCAGCCACAUGAGUCUUCCUCGUGAUCACCGUGACAAUGGGAGAUAUGAGUACCUGCCCAACGCUCCACAAGACAUAGAGGACAUGGAUCCACUGGGCUACCAGGACCCAGAGCUGGACCAUCGUGUUCCAAGGGAUCAGAGCUGUUUGACUGGCUGCUGCAACACCAACCUUGAGGAGCCCAGCAGUUUCCACAGCCAGACUGAGGAUGAGGACUAUAUGUUGGAGAAACCUCUGGGCUACCUACCUCUCCACCAUGAGCUGGACAGCGGCCUGGGCUGGACCGACGGUAGCCUGCACCAGGGAGACCUCUCUGGCCUGGAGACUGAGGAGGGGGGUCUGGAGGAGUGUCACCCCAGGGGAGGAGGCUCCGGUGGGGGCCUGCUGGUCAGUGGAGGAGGGGGUGGAGGUGGUGGGUCUCCGUCCUCUGAAUCCUUCAUCUCGUCUGAGCUGAGUGACUCUGGCUUCCAUAGCGUGAGCACCGGAGAGUUCCGCCGUUUCCAGAAGCUGUUAGAGAAACGCAUGCGCCUGUACAAUGCUCGUCUGCACCACCAAGGGGAGGUGUGUGCACGGGAGCGCCGCGACAGCUGGCAGAAGAACCACAGAGAGCUGCUGGAGGCCAUCCCUGAGGCACUGACCAUGCAGCCCCAGCACUCCUACCUCACGCCUGGCCUGACUGCUCCAUCCAUGGGCCCUCCACCCCGAGGACUCUUCAGGGUGUCGUCUGUCCAAUUCCGGAAAGCGGAUCGUCCCUGUCUGGGCAAACACAGCUCCAGCAGUGGCUCCCUCUUCAACCCCCAGCACACCCCUGGUCCCCUCUCUGUCCACGCCCCUGUCCUCUCCACCUGCAGUACCCCCUCCGGUCACCACAGGCUUCUGCUGCAGCACCAGGGCUCCAGCUCAGAGGGUCAGCUGAGGAGAAGCAGGACCCUGCACCACCGGGCUCCACCCCAGGAGCGUGUCAGACGGGCCAGUCACCCGUCCUCCCCCUCUUACGCCACCCUGCAGCACUGUGGAGUAGCUUCACUUAGAGGCCUGGAGCUGGGCCUGCCUGAAGAGGGAGAACCAGAACUAGUGCUCAGACACCCAGCAGGACUUGCCCCCUCACCUCUGCACCAUGCAACCUCUCCGGGGGAACACAGAGGGGCCAUGCCUUUACCCAGGGGACAUUACUGGGACAAUAGUGGAGGCCGUGACCAGCUGGUUAAUGACAGGAGGCAGCAGGAGAGGAGCUUCAUGACAGACCUACCAGUGUGGGAGAGGGAGCGAGAGAGAGAAAGAGAGCAAGAAAGAGAACGAGAAAGAGAACAAGAGAAAGAAAGAGAGCGGGAAAGAGAAAAACAAAGAGAGAGAGGAAGAGAGGUGCACCGCUUCCACACCCUCAGCCACCCUCCCCAGACAUCCAUGGACAUCCAUGAGACAUGGCCUAAACCAGCCAACCGUCUGUCCCGCCAGGGCUCCGGGUGUGGUGGGGGCCUCUACAGCACCCUGGAGAGCCACACUGGGUUCGGAUCUGGGGUCGUUGGAGUGUCCAGGAUGGGCUCCAAUCCUAACCACAACCUUGAUACUACCCCUAACACCAACCCCAACCUUCCUAACCCUAACCCUACCCUUCCUAACCCUAACCCUAACCCAAGGGCUGUGAGGAACCAGAUUCUCCGUGACCGGGCAUCGCGGCUAGCGGACGAGCGCAGCGGGAUGAGUACAGAUGAGGAGAGCCAGGAGGUGAUGAGGGGGAGGUACUGGAGCCGCACUGAGAGACGGGAGCACCUCCUACUGGCCCGCGAGCAGAAACAACAACAACAGCAGGCCAGAGGGCAGCAGGCUUACACGAGGCCACGAGCCAAUGGAGGAUCAGGAUCUAUGAGAGAUACAGGGGUCAACACAAGAGGAGGAGCUAUGGGUGGACAGGGGGGAGGAGUUAUCCGAGAAGGAGAGGCUAUGUCUGGAGGGGGAGGGUCUUUGGGAGACGGCCGGUGCAGCACGGUGCUGGAGCUCAGCCAAAAGAAGUUGAGUCGUCUGAGGAACAGGAAGCUGUUAGAUGAUUGGACGACGGUGGAGGAGCUGAUGACUCAUGGGACGAGGCUGGGCACUGGGGAGGAGAUGUCCCUCUGUCCCAGCUCACUACUGACUGUGACUACUGUAUAGUGUGUCUCUGCGUGUAUGUCUGUGUGUUUUUCCACCAUAAAGCACCAUGGACAAUACAUUUGUUUGAGGGUAAGUGUAUGCGUGUGAGUAUAUAAGUGUGUGUCACCAAUGUACAGCACCUCUGACAAAGUGUAUGUGUCAGACCUUCUUACUGACUACUGCAACGCACUGCAAGUGUCUAUCUAUUACAAUCUGUGUGUCUGUGUGAGAGAGGAUCGGUCUGUGUGUGUGUGUGUCUGCACCAUGUAUGGCUACCUCAUGCUCAUGGGGUUUGUGAAUCAAUUUGAAACAAUAUAAUAUCAUGUCAUUUUGUUGAUUUUAUCUUUGGGUGUCUUUUGAGUGCAAAAAUGCUGCCUGGUGACAUUGAUGAAACUCUUACAUUUGGACUUUUAUGCCUCAACUAAAGUUGUGAUUGAGAUUUCUAAAAGCAAUACUGCAUUGUAAGAGAAUCCACCAGAAAAGAGCAGCUUACUGGAGAGGAGAUGCCACAACAAAGCUAGUGGAGAACUUUGUGGAUUGAUAACCACCCUACACAAUCAAUGUGUUUUUGUAACAGCGAUCCCAUUGACAGUCUGAAAGGGGAAUGGUGCUGCAGUAGAAGAUUUUGCUACCGGAUGUGAUCGUGCUCAAACUACCUGGUACCCUUGUUUGCACAACAACUAACGCAACCCAUCCUAUCAUUGGAAUGAUGUUUACAUUGCCUGUCUAUUGAGGCAUUCAUUCUGUAUUCUGAAGUGGUUGUUCCAGAGAUAGGUACUGCAGAGUAGAUGGUGUAGGCUGAGCUGGCCAGGGGUUAGUGGUUUGUUGCUAGAGGUCUCUGGAGGUCAGGGCUGUUGUUGUUUAGUACAUAUUCAUUAGGGAACGUACGGAACAACGCCAGGGUACAACGCUAGGGUACAACGCUCGGGUACAACGCUAGGGUACAACGCUCGGGUACAACGCUAGGGUACAACGCUCGGGUACAAAGCUCGGGUACAACGCUAGGGUACAACGCUAGGGUACAACGCUCGGGUACAACGCUCGGGUACAACGCUCGGGUACAAUGCUCGGGUUCAACACUGGUGGUGUGGUGUCAAGCUCUAAUGUCUGUCACAUUUUGUUUCUCACUUAAUUGAUCAAUAGAUAGGGGUCAGAUGUCAAAUUGGCUUAUGACAGGGUUAUACAGGAUUAUGUCAGGGUUAUGUUCGCUUAUGUCAGGGUUAUGCAGGCUUAUGUCAGGGCUAUGCAGCAAAUGUUAACUAAAGUCACUGUGGUAGGUACUACUCAUACUAUCAUUGAUAACUGAAAUGAAAGGUGUGAUCAGAGGUGGGAUUUGCUUUUUGUGUAGCGUUAUCAGCACUCAUCAUUACUGAGGCUACAGGAUCACACACCUUAAUGCACUGUAUGUGUUUCUCACUCAGCGUGCAUGUGAUUCUUACACACACAGCAAGUAGGACUCACACCUGUCUGGUGUGGAGCUGAGAGAGGCAGAAGAAAGAAGAAAGGAACAACAGAGAGAGAGAUAUAUAUAUAUAUAUAUAUAUAUAUAUAUAUAUAUACAGUUGAAGUUGGAAAUUUAC